CCUACACAAUCCUUCCAACGAUGGCCGACGACCCAGCAGAAGUUGAGAGACUCAUUCUCUCACUGUACCAACCGAAUCCUCCCGAAGUGAUUGCUCAGACCCAGGCAACCUUAUCUCGUCUUCAAGGCACUCCUGAAGCUUGGGGUCUUGCUCGCAUCCUAUUGGAGAAGCCUGACCAGCAGGUCAAGUUCUUUGGCGCACUCACCAUCGUCAUCAAACUCAAUAACGAGAGUUCAUCACUCUCACCCGAAGAUGCUUCUGAGCUAUUACUGUUAUUGAUUAAUCACUACCUGGAUACGCUGCGCAGUCGAAGUUCACCGUUGGUUGCCCGGAAACUCGCAUCAGCCCUUGCGACCUUUUACAUCAACUUUCACCAACUAUGGAGUCGUUUCAUCCGCCAUCUCAUGUUUUGCUUAGUCUCAGGCCAGUCGUGUCUACCAAGUGCCCUCGAUGAAGGACAAGGGCCCGAUACAGUUUCGCUUAUGGAGCGCAUGGAACCAUCACAAGCACAGGCUGCUCUGUGGGUAUUGACCAACGUCUUCGAUGAGGUUGCCAAGAUCAACCUGAACUCGGUGCAAAAUAUCGGUAUCUAUGGUUCCAUUUUGGAGAAUAGCUCUGAUGCAGUGGCUUUGAUGAGUCGCAGCAUGUCACCUCAAACGACAACGGAAGAAGCCCAUGAAGACGCAAUUCGAUGCUUACAGUCGUGGGUAUGGUUCGCUCAAAAGUCAUCCUCCAAGGAUACAAGACUCUCGGAACCCAUCGGACCCUUGAUCACGGCAGUAAUCACCUCCUUGACAGUCGAUGAACUUUACAGCGUGUCAGUCGAGCUAAUGGUCGACCUGCUAUCCAACUGCCUGAUGUUUCUGAGCGAUACCCAUUUUGACAAUCUUGCUCACCUCUUUGACUCCCCCUGGUCUCAGCGUCGCUAUGAGAAACUAGUGCAGGGAGACUUUGAGUUUGACUCUCUACAGUACGGCCUGCUCCUGUUGGCCUUUGGAGAGGCCAAGAUUGAGAGAUUUAUGCAAAGCGGUGACAGCAGGAGUGAGAAACUGCUCUCAAAUCUAUGCGGUCUACUCGCUGCUCGAGGUUAUGUUGUUGAGGAGGACAGGAUCUUUGUCCCAGCUCUCGAGUUCUGGCUGACCUAUGCUGAGACCUUGACUGAUCUGACGUAUUCAGACGAGGAGUCAGCUGGCACCUGGGUUCCUCGAGCUCGUUCCCAUCUUCUGCAAGCUGUUUCGAAUGCGUGGCAGAAAAUAAUAUACCCGCCUGCUGAGGAAUUCCACUCAUGGGACUCAAGCGAACGGAUGAGCUUCCAUGACGCAAGAAAGGAUGUAGUCGAUCUUCUUCAGUCCGUAUUUACAUUGGUAGGACCGCAGCUCGUGUCUACCUUUGCGGACCUCGUUCUGAAAGCUUUGUCUGAAUCGUCGUGGCCUCAGCUCGAAGCAGCGGCCUUUUGUCUGGGUGGACUUGCCGAUUGUAUCAGCGAGACAAACAGAGGUGAUGACGCGCUAUCCGUGGUCUUCAAGUCAUCUCUUUUCGCCAUCUUGCGUUCAGGCCAGUCCGAGAUUCCUCCCAAGGUUCAGCAAACGUGCGUCUCUCUGAUUGCCCGUUACACGGAGUAUUUCGAGCGCAAUGUUUCUGAGCUUCACCCCGUGCUCAACUUCAUCUUUGGCGUGGUCGGAGAACAUGCAAUGGCCAACGCCGCAGCAAAGUCCAUUCACAGAUUAUGCGGUUCCUGUCGCGGAUAUCUUCAUACAGAAGCCAACAGCUUUCUCAACGAGUAUCAGAGCCUAGUAUCCGGAAGACGACUUGACUGCGGCGCUAGCGAGAAGGUAGUUGGUGGUAUUGCAUCAGUCAUCCAAGCGAUGCCUGAUUUAAACCAGAAAUAUUCGGCGUGUGGCCGCCUUCUCGAGUUUGUUCAGGCUGAUGUCCAGCAUUCUCUGGACCUUCUAAGAUCCUACGACGGCAGCCCUAUGCCUUGCUGUGCUGUUUACACCUGCUCAUAUGCUGCUCCCGAUGAGACUCCUGCCCUUCACACGGCACUGAAGUCUCUGAGAUGUCUGACCAGCAUUGGGAAAGGUCUCCAGGCCCCAGCCGAGUUAUCGGUUGAUCUGGAGAGUAGCAGGCCCAGCACUCGAGUCGUGGAUCCUCAUCUUGCUCAGCUCCAAGGAAGCAUCAUGUCUAUGAUCAGCCAGAUUCAAGAGGCCUUCAACACCAGCGGUGAGGUUGUUGAGCUCAUCUGCAGUGUCCUACGUAGUGGGUUCUCCGAAUCUGAACCUGGUCCCUUCGUACUGCCACCACAUAGUGUUGCACAGUAUUUGACGAACCAGAAUCUUGAGACACCAAGAGUUGGCCUGCUCGUCAAGACUGCUUGCUCCUUCGUCAGCUCCCUUGAACAUGAUGGACUCGACAAUCAGCAAGAAAUGUUAAACUCUGUGCUCCUCUGGGUAAUUGGAUUGCUUAAACAGCUACCUAACUACGAGGUAGACACCGAGCUUACACAAAACGGCAUUGACUUUGUAACACGCCUUUUGAACAAGCGCCCUGUUACUUUACUUCAUCUCCAGCCUUCCGAUGCUGCCGAAUUCUUCUUUCUCUUCACCCUUCAGGUAUUGGACGGAAAGGAGCCACUCCCGAAAGCAAGCGCAGCAGAGUUCUGGGCUACCUUUGUCAGCAUCAAGUAUGAGUCUCAGGAACUCAAUGAUGUUGCCCAACAGGCUAUGCAGAUGCUGGGGCCUCUGCUCUCGCGUACUCUUGCUAGGAACCUUGGGGGCAAUGCUUCCAGAAGUGAGCUUGAUAAGUUGAGUGAGCCUCUCAAGAAGCUGGUAUAUCGGUACCCCAUGGCCAAGAGCUGGCUUGAGGCUGGUCUCACACAUGAGACCUUUCCCAGUACAAAGGUUACUCCUCAGGAGAAAUCGAUGUUCCUGAAGAAGAUUAUUAGUCUCAGGGGAGCCAAGGCCACAAAUCAGGUUGUCAGAGACUUUUGGCAGUCGGCGCGAGGCUCGAAUUUUGCUUACGCCUCAUGAACAAAACAGGAGUUAAAAUAAGUCAAUAGAAGGACAGUUUAGAUCAAGCACUAGCUAGGAAGGUUAGACCAAAAUGAGCACAUGACGAUACCUUGGGCAUGAAAGUUUGGGGACAUUGCUUAUCCUGCAAAUACAUAUCAUAAUAUGGAAAGAUGAAUCUACACCAAAUGAUCUUCGUAUUAAUAUCAUAACGAUCUUGGUGUGAUCGGAUGGGUCUGUAGAUCCAUCAGUAGCCUUC